AUGGUACUGGACACUAUACGUAAACGAUUCUCAUUAUGGGUAUUCAAAACAAAUGAACGCUAUCAUCCUCGUGAAGAGGAGCGACUCCACAGGGAACGCAUUGCUGAACGUGCACGCGAGAAGGAACGAUCGCGUACCGUCGCUGCGUCGUCGCGUCCGCCUGCCAACAAGAAGCCCUCUCAACAGCAUCCUCCACUUUAUGUAAGUUUCCUUUCUUGA